AUGUUUCGAGAAUUUGAAAAAUCGCUGAAAAAGCAUGAAAAUGAUGUGAAAAUCAUCAGAGAUUGUGGAAAACAAAAAGAUGAAGCUGAAGUUUAUGUGAGUUUGCUAAAUAGUUUUUGAAUAUACUCAAAAACCUCACCUCUGUAUAUUUAGAAUGCACCACUACAAUGCGCCAACUGCAAAAUCGAUUUCGAAAAUGCGAAACGACUUUUGGAUCACAUAAUGGUUUGUCAAUUUUCGAAAACGGUUGCGGAAGAGUGGCGGACACGCGGAAGUUUGACGGAUGACGUGGAGAACGCGCUGGAAUUGGCGGAAGCGGUGCGCGCGCAAAAUUCCGUGUGGAAAAUGUGAGUUUUUUGUGCUUUUCUGGAAGAAUAGUGGAUUUUCAAUGAAAAUUCAAAAUUUGCAGAAAAAUCCACGACUCCAGUGCCUACAAAAUCCAACUUGCGCUAAAUUCGCCGCUUUGCAAAUUCUUGUCGAAAAUCUCAAUUUUCACUGGCGACAAACUCUCCUUUCUCAAAUCUCCCUCAAAAAUUCGCCAAAAAAUCGAUGGAAAAUGGAUGGAAGUGUAUUUUGUGGCGAAAACCAUUGAGAAUGAUGAACCUGGGUGA